CUUCUCGCGCGUUCGCGGGGAUCGCGCGCGCAAGACACGGAGAAACGGAGGCUCGCCUCGUCCGCGCGUUUACGCGAUCACCGCGUUCGCCCUUCAUUCGGGGCCGUGCUUACGCAUACGCGCCGUUUUAUUACUCGUCUGCUGCGCUUAACGUGAUGCCGCGAAAUAUGGCGACCCGACGGGCCGCUGAGGGCAAGAGAGAUCGCGCGCAUCCGCGUCCGCUCCCGACGGGAGUCAGCACGAGAGCUCGCGAGGUAGCCGGGCUAUGGAAAGUAUGGUCGAGGAAAAUGGAUCAGCCGUCGAUCCGUUGUCCCAAGGUUCCCAGAGCGGCGACGCGGCGCCAGCGAUCGCAACUUCGGUACAAUCUAUCGAUAGAACGCAUCAGCAGCAAACUCAUCACCUGGUAGCUUCUACCAGCAUUGUGCAACUGACGCUACCCUCGUCGGGAACAACACAGGUGCAAUCGGUCAUACAGCCCAAUCAACAGUCCGUGAUACAAACCGCCACAAACAUCCAACCUGUUGCAAUCUCCAAAGGGAACGUUAUUCUGGUUAGCAAACCCAACUCUGUUAUACAAACUGCACAAGCCAAUUUACAGACUCUUCAGGUGGUUGAAACUGCUAGCGACGACAGCUUCUCAGACGAGGAUUCACCUAAGAAGAGGAACAUUCUAACCAGACGACCAUCUUACAGAAAGAUUCUCAACGAUUUAGGCGGCGGAGAAAUUACAGACGGUCGUUUGCCCCCCUUAGAAUCAUCCUCCGAGUGUGAUUCUAAUGUGGAUAGUGAAGUGUCUUCCCAUUCGCUCCAUUACCAAACAGUAAUUCCUGCCGGUACUAUUCAAAUUGCGACCCAAGGAGAGGGAGUUCCGGGGCUUCACACGUUAACUAUGAGCAAUGCAGCGACGGCGGGUGGAGCUAUAGUGCAGUAUGCACAGGGCCAGGACACUCAAUUUUUUGUCCCAGCUUAUACUGCAGGUCAUGGGGUGGUAGUAGAAGACGCAGCGCGAAAGAGAGAGUUAAGGUUGCUUAAGAACAGAGAGGCGGCGCGCGAAUGUAGAAGAAAGAAGAAGGAAUAUAUAAAGUGCUUAGAAAAUCGUGUUGCGGUGCUGGAGAACAGAAAUCAGACGCUGAUCGAUGAACUGAAAUCGUUAAAAGAAUUAUAUCAGCAAAAAACCGACUGAGAUUGGUGUUUAAAGCCUGCGCGAUCAGUGUAUCAAAACUAUUACCCAGUCGAUGAACCUGUACAUGUCUUGUUUGUGUACAUUAUCCUAAAUGUUGCUAGGGGUAAGCGAUGGUGAUGUACAUGCAUUCUUAUAGAUAUUUCUCUGUAACAUACUGUAUUUAAGUACGAAUACGAAGGCUUGUGAAACUUGCUGUUACUAAAGCGGGAAGCCAAAGUUAUAUGAGACAUGGAGGCAGCAAACACGUAGGCAAUAUUUCGUAUAUCGGUCUCUAUUUUGGAUAAAAACAGUGAUUCACACUAAAAAAUGAGAAUCUGCAUAUUUGACAUUUCGAUCCUAUAGACUGAAACAAUUAGAUCGCAUUAAUAAUUUAAUUAGCAAAAUUCGUGUUUGUUUAGCAUCACUGUCUACCGAUCGUUUGUACUAGAUGAUGAAGGCGUGUCUUGCUUCGUUAUGACACGCUACAAUUUAUUUUUUCAAUGUGUGCAACAUAGAAAAAAAUAUAUAAAUGUAUAUGGAAGCGUUCACGUGCUAUAACUUUUCGGAAAUAGCAUUUUAAUUAUCCGCAUGAAAAUUUUUAUGUACAUAUUUCUAUGAAACGUGGGUUACAACUAUAUAAUAGAUAGUGCCCGAGAUAUUAUUUGUGGUAGAUUCGCCAGGCACCUGUUUCGUAUUCUUAUCUUUUGAGAAAGUAAUUUGUUUAGAAAAUAUAAUAAAUUAUUUUUGAAAAAGUCUAAUUUCUCCUGUGAAAGACAGCAUUUUGCAAGAUUGUUAUACCUGUAUGUAAUUUGGCGCAAUCAUGUUUUUAUAACGAUGUAGAAUUGAUUACUUAUAUAAUGAAUAGUUGAUGAUGCAACUGUUUACAAAAAUGGACAAAAAUUAUUUAUUUAACGAGUGCCGAUUGAAUCUCCUUUCGAUAAAAAUAAUAUAAACAGUUUUCUGUGUGUAAAAUGUGCCAUGGCAAGACGCGCUUCCAUCUACUGUAAAUAGAUUUUAACCCUUAGAGGAUCGCAAACUUUUUUUUUCUUAAAUUAUAUAAUUUCUUUCCAACAAAAUAUACCAUAAGUAUAAAAAUGCGUAACAGAUGUUACUUUCAAAAUAAGGUUUAAAAAAUCUUAUACGAAUAUUAUUUAUACUGUGUAUACAUCUAAUGACCAUUACCUGUUUGUAGCUGAAUAUAAUCGGAUGUGAAAUAUGAUACUGAUUUUGAAAUGUUACUCGCGAUCCUUUAAAGGUUAAUAUACAAUCGCAAAAUAAAAUCAUAUAUGUCAUCUAUUUUCACAGAAAAUUGAGAAGCAAGCAACAGUUACGAAAAAUUGAACGCUUUUAAUAAAGUUGUUUUAAAAUUGAAUGCUCUAUAAAGAAAUUUUGGCAUCGACGUAGAGGAAAUUGUAGAAAUAGUUACACGACAUUCGAGUGAUAGAAGAAAAAAAAUGUCAUUCUAUCACAAUGCCUGCAUCGCCUCUUUGUUUGCUGUAUAAACGUGCGUAAAAGGGUGUUAUGUCGCUUUUAAAACGAGUAAAAUAAUCAUGUUUUACUAUCUCGUCGGAAAGCCCCGUUCAUUAAACGCCGGACAACACAACUUGUAAAAUAUGAAUGUAAUAUACAUCUGGAGUGCCUUGAAGAUUUAUGAUACUUGUGAUAUACAUAUACAUAUGUUGGAUACAAAAGAAGCGCGCAACAUAUGUAUGUGUAUGUAUAUACGUAUGGAGGAAAUUAUAUUGUAGGUAAAUAUGGGUAGAUAAUAUAUAUAUAUAUAUAUGUAUGUAUAUAUAUAUAUAUAUAUAUAUAUAAUGAUAUUUUUAAAAUAUAUUAUAUUAAUAUAGUUUUAUGUACUUGACACAUACACAACUCUAUCACGAGAAUUGUAUUAUUUUUGGGAACUCGUGUUCCCACGUAAUCUCAUUAUCGUCGAGUCGAAAAAAAACUAAUUACUGACAUAUACCGACACUGCGCGCAAUGUAUUGUGAACAAUACGCGUGAUUUUACCAUAAAAAGAUAGCGUUAAAGACCCAAAUAAAGAACACAAUUUUUUUAACAAAAAAAAAAGACAUUGCAGUUGAUGACGUGAAAUUUGGUUACUUUAUUGGAGCAAGUAAUCUUGAAUUCGUCGUUAUGGUAUGAGCGUUAUCCAUGAAAAAAAUGUCUACUGACAAGUUUUCUAAUGCAUACGCAAUAAUAUGAAAAUUAUUUAUAACAAAGUAAUAUGUAUCCGGAAAUUUGACGCUGGUCGCAUCGUUUAGAAUUUCGUAUUUUAUUGGUCCAUCUUAAUUAUUCGUAGUUUUGUAAUGCUAACGUGCAUAAUGAACAUUGUCAAUUUAUGAAACAUUGCUUGAAAGAAAAAGAAGAAAAGAAAACAGAAUGAAAGAAUCAUUAGAGAUAAUAAAUGUGCCGUAUCCUUUA